CGAGAACAUCAUCCGAGGCCUCAAAGGAACCACAGCUAGCGAUGUGCUGAUGACGACGCAUCCUCGAUGCAGCCGCAUACACCCACCACGCAACACGAAACACUCACCCCCAUUCCCUUGCUGCAUGAUCGUGCACUAUCUCCACUAAUCGCGCUUCCUCUUUCCCUUGCAAGCCUCAAUGAGGCCGCCUUCCAGGCUGUACCGCCAGCCAGAUGGCCUGCAGCUCCUCUCACGCACAGGCCUCUGCACUCAAAGCCAUUCCUUGUCGAGCUCGCUUCUCUCGACAGGCGGAGCAAGUGGGAGGAAUGAAGGUAGCUCUGCCUCACAUCUCGCCUCGACCUUCGAGAGCAGACAGUCUCAGCGCGUCAUUCGAACGCCACUGACCGGCUUGAGAAUGCGCUUGCUGAGUCAGAGAUGCCCUCACUCACUGCACUUUGCUCAGCACGAGCACAAGCAGAGCACGCUUGAGCCUGCUGUGCAGCGCCUCUUCUCUUCUCGCGCUGGUCCUAGAGUGGCACGCAAGCCGAAAGGCGCCAAGCAGGUCACCCAAGAUGUCAAUCCCAAGUUUACCUCAUCCCAGGCGCUCGACAGUGGAUCUAUUGUCAGAACCGGACCAAAGCCCCUUAUCAAAGCGCCACGUACGGCUGCAGUGGCUGGCCCCUCAAAACGCUCAAAGGCUGCUGCCACUGAGCAACAAGCGUCGCAGCCCAUCGUUGCAACCAAGGAACACCGCUCCAGCACGGAAAAUAACAUAGCACUGGCAAUGUCGCGCAAAGAGUUCGCCAAAUGGUUCGGCACCACUGUCAGCGAGGUUGAAGCAGUCUUGGAGCGCGAUCCGGCCGCAAAGCUGGGCGAUGUGCGACGGAUCCUCCCGUCGAGGCUGCAACGGGUCCACAAAAGGAUCGAGGAUCACAUCCGUGCCGAGAAGCAACGACUGGACUCUUUCGGAAGCGCGCCUGGAGGCCAUCUGCGCGACAAGAUAGGCGUCAGAGCUGCUGCCGUUCUGAAUUUGGUCGACGAUGACGAGGACAUCUUCAAUCUCGCUCAGAUGUACCUUGCCAGCCAGGCGGAGGAAGCCAAGGCUACGGCCGAUUUAAUGGGCGUUCACACCGUGGCAACGCGCAUCGCAACGAGGAUGGCACGCACAGCAGGCCGUGCUUUUCGACCCGUACAGAUUGGCAAGCCAGACAACGACGACGUUGCUCCGUCACCGCCCGUGGAAGUGUCGACUCUCAAGGAUGAGGCAAUGCGCAGGUUUGACGUACUGAACGGUGUCAAGCAAAUACAAAACUUGCAUGCGGAGAGCGCUCCGAGAAGCAUCGACAUUGUUGGGGCUCAUCAGCGGUUGCGGGGCGCUGAAUCCGGUAUCAGCGUGCCUGCGCCCCAAAUAGCAAAGCAAGAAGAGGAGCGACGGAGAGCUGCCUUGACACAUUCGCUCGAGGUACAGAAAUCCCUCGAGCGCGAGGCACAGCGCGUGUCUGCGGCGGAAGAAAGGAUGGCUCAAGAAGCACAGCUUCUAGUUCGAGCUCGUUCUGAGGAGAUGCAAUUGGCGCUGCAGAGACCGAAGAUCAACAUUCCGAAUCCUGCAGCGCAGCAAGAUCAACCACACCCUUCAUUGCGACACAAAGCACCCAUUUCUUCAAGCUUCUUGCCCGACAUUUUUGGAACUCCGGCAUCCGCGCAACCCGCUCUGCGAAAGAUCGACAGCUACCUCAAGGGACAUUUGACGCCUUUGCAAAAGGAUUUGCAAAGAGGUCGUCAUUACGCCGCCAUUUUGCUUGACGGCGAUAACUGCCGGUUCUUGCCCAAGUACGUUGUGAGAGGCAAGGAAGGUGCGCGCGACGUCAUCAAGGAGCUGAAGGCGCGCGUACCGCAGCUUGGCCAGGACUGUCAUUUGAGGAUCAUGGUCUUCAUAGCGCUCUACAACAGUUUGGCAUCGCACAAGCACUUCGGCUACGAAAUCCGAGACGUCCUGGACUUUUACUCCGAGAUCAGCCAAAAUGGACCGCUGAACAUCGUCGCCGAGGUUGGCAGGGAGCCUCAAGCGGCCGAUCUGAAGGUAAAGACGCAUCUUGCUGAUCUUAUGCUAGACUCGGAUUGCAAACACAUCUACUUGGGCGGCAUAGAUGAUUCAGGGUACCAUGAGGAGCUCAGGGCAGCCCAAAGCAUGGGCUACCUCAGGCGCGUCUCCCUCAUACAUACUGGAUCUCGAAGAUCCACCGCCAUAAAGUAUGCGGAGUUCAAGGACCGGUUCGUCACCUGGGGCUCUCAGAUCUUUCAAUCAGGUCUCGAGAUUCCUGCCGACGUAGCUGCCGAACAUAGCAAGAAGACGGGAGUUUGAAGGCGCGUCCGGUGGACAUACACAGACGCUUCCUCGCAAGGCCGAGGGCAGGGCUCGCCAGAUGGGCACCAUGAGACUACAUUACAAUUUCUGAACGAUGCGCACCAGUAGCGCAGCUACGCAUGUAUCAUACUCUCUAGCUCAGAUACAAUGACGGGGUCGAUGCCCUGGAAAGCGAGGAUCUCGAGCACGUUCAUCAGGUCUUCAAUCAGGACGGCUGAGCCAGCGGAGCUCUGACGCGACGCUGGUCCGCCAAAGCUUGCCGCCGCAAACGAGUCUGCGGCGUCUGAAAUGAGACGCAACGCUUCCACAAGCCUUGCGAUGAGGGUGCCAAAGGGGUUCAUGCUGAAGUCGGUGCUGAUGUAAGCCAGUCGAUUGAUGACACGGAACAACACCUUGAUGACGCCGGGCGUGCUUCGGAGCACGCUCUUCACUUUUGGUGGUGCCAAGAAGCACAUGUUGUAGAGACUCAUGGCCAGCCUCUCGUUGUAUGCUAGAC